AUGCUUUUCGAUUCCAACAUGUGGCUCACUGAGCGCCAGAAGUACGGCGUGGUGCUGACGGCGGCAGGCGUGGUGUUUUUCCUUCUUGGGAUUUUGGCCUUCUUUGAUUCCAGUCUUUUGGCCAUUGGCAACUUGUUGUUUGUCAUUGGCGUCAUUUUGAUCAUUGGGCCUACGAGAACCAUCUACUUCUUUGCUCGUCCUACAAAGAUCAGACCGACGAUAUUCUUUUUCGGUGGAAUCACGUUGAUCUUGUUUAAACGCUCCUUUAUUGGGUUUAUCGUGGAAGGCGUGGGCAUUCUUUCGUUGUUUGGCGACUUUAUAGGCACCAUUGUCCAGUUUCUACGGAACGUGCCUCGUUGGAACCGUACGUGA